AUGAUAGUCCCCCGUGUCUUUGCCCAGACUCAACUGGGGCAAAGACAACAAUUCGACUUUAGUGAAAAGGACCCUCUCUCCAGAAGAAAGUUGGAAGACGUUCGCUCACCAGGGCGGUCCGCCCUCUCCCAAAGCCUUUCCAAACAGCCAGGCUCCUCCUCCUACAAGUCCUCUUCCGACCCUGUCCAGAUCCCAACGCGUGCCGAGGGACAGCCUCUCACUCCAGCUCACCGGCAGGGGCCCUCGUCGCUGCAGACCUCAAGGGACAGCUCAAAUGUCGCGUCCCAGCCCAUACCAAAGAGAAAUGAAUCUGUCCAGGACAUCCUUUCAUCAACCACAAUUCCCGUCCGGAGGAGACCCAGGCCGAGGCCAGGUCAACGGUUGCCCAAGGGUGACUAUGUGGCGGAUUUCAGCAAACUGCUCAGGGACGAUGUGCAGCCGAGCAGGGAUGCCAGUCCGUCAGGGAGCUGGACAAACCCACAAUUUGAAGGAUUGUUUGGCACCAUUGACGGUCUGGUGGGAAGUCAAAUGAUUGUCGGCAGCGAAGGCUUUGACGCGGGAACCAUGUCUAGCAGGUCUCUUUCCAGCGAAUCAAUGCCUUCUCUGCUUUCUCCAGACGACUACAGCACCACAGAUACAGCCAGUGUGUCGCCAGCCACCGUCCGAUCUCCCUGUGAUCAUCGGUGCCGUCAGAUGGCGAGCUCAGAGGACUGCAGCAGCCAUCACCCUCUGCUGUCUCUGGACGAUGAUGACGACAGCUACAGUGGUGCCACCACUCCCGAGCUAGCCAUAUCACCCCCAACGAGGCCGAAGCAGAGAUCUGUGGCGGCAGGGAAAAGACCGACCUCGUUCAAGUCGAGUUUGACGGCCUCACUUAAGGCACUGAAAUCCGCGGCGCAGACGGUUUCCAGCCUUGCAACUAAUCCGCCCCUCGCACAGCCUGAUGAAUUCCUGUCGAGGUCCAUUUUCGACUUCCAGCCUGCCUUGACUGACGACCGACGGCCACCGCCAUCGGACGAACCCCCCUCAGCCGCCCUGCGCCGAUAUCUCAAUCCGAAUAUUUUCGUCCCGCCUGAAUCUCCGGCUCAGCUACAUUUCUGGGUCGAAGAGAAGAGGAACCCGUCAUCCUCCGAAGCGGACACGAGACCCAAAUUGAAAAUAAAACGAAAGUACCAGAACAAGAAACCUACACCGGUUGCCGAUGAGCAGGGCAGAAUCAAGGAGCCGAGGAGCAGCACCAUUCAGCUGCCUCCAGUUGUUCCGCUAGCGACGUGUAUUCCGUCGAGUAUCCGCACGGCCAAUGCUUCUAGUCCGCCUACCUGGCUUGAACCCGACGGGACGCCGAGUAACAAACACCGGGCAGCUCAAGCCCUCUGGGACGAUGAGGCAUCUAAGGCAGAAGGGCAGCCUCGACCACGUGAACCACGUGAGAAUAGGGACUUCCUUCGUGUCUUUGUCUGCGAAAUGAAUAUGCGGAAGUGCGGUAAAUUGAGCAACGACGCUACCGGGCGUGCCAAGUUGUGGCUGCCGCCGGUGGACGAAGCCGACAAGAGCAAUGACAGGUCCGACAGGGGACUGACCAAGACACGCAGGAAAUGUGGGAUUGAGCGGUGGGCCACUUGGUCAAUCCAGGACUUGUAA